UUUCUGGGAGGCGGAGAAACCGUUUUUUUUUUUCGGGUCACCAUCCCUUGAGAGAUCCCGGCCGGCGGGACCUCUCUUUUACCUCUUUCCAUCUUCGUUUUCCGAUAAAAAGUAAAAAAAAGAAAUUUAGAAAAAAAGUUUCCUUUAGAAUCUGCUGGAUCUUUCUCUAAGAAAAUAGUCAGGGUUAGGGUUUUAGGUGUUUCUUUUUAACUAGUAAAAGCUAUGUCUGGUCUCCAUCGGUCUUCGAGUGCGCCACUGAAGAACGGCCUUCCUCCUCAAGAGCUCCUCGAUGAUCUUUGCAGUCGGUUUGUUUUAAAUGUGCCGAAAGAGGACCAACAGUCAUUUGAGAGAAUUCUCUUCCUUGUGGAGUAUGCACAUUGGUUCUACGAGGACAAUACAGUGGAAAAAAACCCAUCGCUGAAGUCAUUAAGUCUGAAAGAGUUCACCUCUUUAUUGUUUAACAACUGCGAUGUUUUAAGGCCUUAUGUUGCUCAUAUAGAUGAUAUCUUUAAGGAUUUCACCGAUUACAAGGUUCGUGUUCCUGUAACAGGGGCAAUUAUUUUGGAUGAAACAUGUGAACGGUGCAUCCUAGUGAAGGGAUGGAAAGGGACUAGCUGGAGCUUCCCACGUGGGAAAAAGAACAAAGAUGAGGAAGACCAUGCAUGUGCCAUACGAGAAGUGUUAGAAGAAACAGGCUUUGAUGUUUCAGAGCUCCUAAACAAAGAUGAAUACAUUGAAGUAAUAUUUGGGCAGCAGAGGGUGCGGCUCUACAUAAUUGCUGGUGUUAAGGAUGAUACUGCCUUUGCCCCGCUUACAAAAAAGGAGAUUAGUGAAAUUGCAUGGCACCGGCUUGAUGAUCUUCAGCCAGCAACCAAUGAAGUGAUAUCUCGUGGGAUCACAGGCCUAAAGCUUUAUAUGGUGGCCCCCUUUUUAGCGUCUUUAAAAUCAUGGAUUGUAAAGCAUCCGCCCCCUAUAGCUCCAAGACCGGAUUUGCCUCUUAAAGGGAUUUGUGUGUGGAAAGCAAAGAACAGUUCUACAGGAAGCAACUCAAUGAUUGUGGAAAGCCAAUCUAAUAAGCUUGUGACUGAUGCUAACCCACCUAACAUUGGUCCUGGAAAGAGCUUCAGAAACUUUAGAUUUGACACUGCUGCAAUAUUAAGAGCAUUGGAAGCUGGCUUUUCUGCUUGAAGAUCAGACCAAGGCCUUUUCGUGACAAGUUUUCUGUUCACAUAGCUGGGACUGCUUGGUUAGUUGCUAGAACUUCAUCUGUAAAACAAACAGCAUUGUUGCCUCAACAGGUUGUAUAUUCUUGUGUCAGAUUCAGAUGUUCAGGUUUGUUUGACAUGUAAAUUCUGUACAGAAAAUCCUUUGUGGCAACGAAUGCAGUUCUUGUUGAUUGUUCUGUUAGUUAAACUGGUGAAAUAUAGUCCCUUUUUAUGCUAACAGCCCCAUGACUAAACGUUGCUCACUCUGUUGAUUUUUCUUA